AUGUCACGUAACUAUAGUGCUUCUCAAUUUGAGCAAACAUUUGUACCAAAACGUUUGCAAAUGUACGAAGUACCGCAAGAUCCACAACCAGGCGUGCAUCCAAAAGCAACAUUAUCUUUGAAUGCAAGUAAUUUUAUUACGAAUGAUCAUGGUCAUCUUUUACCUGGUAUAAAAAAAUCAGAACGAUCACCAUUUGGUGAAUUUAUUGGAACAUGGGAUUUACCAAAAAGAAUUCCUGGUCCAUAUCAUGUACAUCCAAUGGGACGAACAGAAAAAAGUUUCGAUGCACUUUGUGCACAACGAGAUCAAACUAUUAAAGAAAUGGAAAAAGCACGAGUUUAUGAAAAAGAAGGAUCAUCCAUUCAACAAACUUCAUAA